GCGCCAUGGGACUGCUGGAGCGGCUGCGGAAGGAGUGGUUCAUCCUGGGGAUUGUGCUGGUGAUCGCGGUGGCGCGGCUGGAGCCCGGCGUCGGCGUCAAAGGCGAGCAGAAGUUUGAGGAUAGACAGCUUCUUACUGAGGAGCCAGCUUUUUUUCCCUCUCUUACCUUCUGGGAAAAAAAGAAAGUUGACUUAAAAAAAUAUGGCUCUGAACACUUGCUGUGUCAACUAAGGCUCCGGUACUUCAUGGAGUUCAGGGACCCUUGAAACCAGAAAUUACCAUAACUUACAUUGCCGUUUCAGCUAUAUUCUUUAACAGUGGACUCUCCUUAAAAACUGAGGAGCUGACAAGUGCUUUGAUGCAUGUGAAACUACACCUUUUUGUCCAGAUUUUUACACUUGUGUUCUUCCCAACAGCAAUAUGGGUCUUUCUUCAGCUAUUAUCAAUCACACCCAUAAAUGAAUGGCUUUUAAAAGGCUUGCAGACAGUAGGCUGCAUGCCACCUCCUGUGUCUUCUGCUGUAAUUUUAACCAAAGCUGUUGGUGGAAAUGAGGCAGCUGCUAUAUUUAAUUCCGCUUUUGGAAGUUUUUUGGGCAUUGUUAUAACUCCACUUCUGCUUUUGCUUUUUCUUGGAUCAUCCUCCUCUGUGCCUUUUACAUCUAUAUUCUCGCAGCUGUUUAUGACUGUCGUAGUCCCUCUUAUUAUUGGACAGAUUGUCCGAAGAUACAUCAAGGACUGGCUUGAAAGGAAGAAGCCUCCAUUUGGUGCUAUCAGCAGCUGUGUGCUCCUGAUGAUCAUCUACACAACGUUCUGUGAUACUUUUGCCAAUCCAAAUAUCGACCUGGAUAAAUUUAGCUUGAUCAUAAUAGUGUUCAUAAUAUUUUCUGUUCAGAUGAGCUUCAUGUUUUUGACUUUCCUCUUCUCCACAAGGAAUAACUCUACUUUCACACCAGCAGACACAGUGGCUAUCGUCUUCUGUUCCACACACAAAUCCCUCACCCUGGGGAUUCCCAUGCUGAAGAUUGUAUUUGCAGGUUAUGAGCACCUGUCCUUAAUUUCUGUCCCCUUGCUCAUCUAUCAUCCUGCUCAGAUUCUUCUUGGCAGCCUGUUGGUACCAACGAUAAAAUCCUGGAUGGUUUCUAGGCAAAAGGCACUGAAGUUAACCAGGCAGCCCAAAGCACCCGUGAAGGUAUAAUUGUGGAGAUGGCCUGUGUCACAGUGAAUGUAUAUAUGUACUAUACUGUACACAUGGACAAUUGAGACAACUGGGUUUUGUGAAUGUUGCUUCAGUGCAUAUUUUAUUUUUAUAUAUAUAUAUAUAUAUUAGAAGAUACCUGUUAAGUGCCUUACAGAUGCAUUUUUGGCAAAAGCAUUGUUUCCAGAAGCCACUGCGUUGGUUACUGCAAGAGGUUGUACAGUAUUUUGGAGUCUUUAGUUUUUUAUUUUUCUAACCAAGUGAAUGGUCAUGACUGACAGCUGUUUCUUCCGUUGCCCCUGCUGUGAAGCCAAGGUGCACCAGCUGUAAGUCUCUGUUUUAAACUCGCCAAAAUGACCAGAAGCCUAUCCCACUGCUGGCUUACCAUGGGGAAGAGCUUUCUGAAGGUUUUUUUCUGAGAUUGACUUGAAUUUCUGUGUGACUCUGUUACACUCCCUAGUCAUAUGACUGUGACAUGCCUUUUUCUUCUGAGUUUGUGUAUACUCAGCAUGGGGCCAUCCAUUGGAUAGAAGCUGAGAAGCAUGAAUCAUUUGCAUUUGUUGACACAGUUGUCUAGACAUUCCUUCAAAGUUAAUGGUUUCUCAAGAAAAUUCUUUUAAUUCCAUUGUAUGAUAUUGUGCCAUUGUAUGUCUUAAAUGCCUCAUAAGCUUCUUCAAAGAAAUGGUCUGGUGCUUGGGAUCUGAGUGAAGUAUUUGUGUUUGCAGCUAGGAGAUCUUUUUGUAAUUUAUCCCUGAAGAAAACAAAUUUUUGGUUUCCUUUUUUUCCUUUUCCUUCCCCUGGUACAAUGCAUGGAGACCUGCAGUGACAGAAUUUAGGAUGCUAAUAUUGAAACAGAGCCUUUAUUGUAGUAUGCCAAGCUAUGUUUUCUUUACUGCUGCAUUGGUAAUGAAUAAUACCUUGUGAGGACAAGAAACUUGACAAUUUUUUUUUUUUUGUAAUUAAAAGGAUCCUUAGAGAAACAGAAAUGCUAUCUUAGCUCAUUUGACAAUCAACCACAACUUUUUAAAAAUUAUAUUACUCUUUUUAAUAAACUUAUAUAACAAAAGAAUAUGAAAUACUAUUUAUAAGAGAAAUGUUGAAGAGAAAGGAACCCAGGCAUGUAUUUAAACAUAUAGCCAGCAAUGCAUCUUGUCUGGAUAGAUUUCAGAAACGUACAUAGUCCAGACUGGGAGCUGUACCCAUGUGCAAAAAGUGUGCUAGCAAUGGUGCAUUAAAGUAUUAAAAGUAAUUAAAGAAAUAGGUCAAACUUGGAUCGAUAUAAAUGCAGAAGUUCCACGUGUGUCAUGGUUAACACUGCAGCUAAUGGUGCAACUGAGUGCAAACACCUUGGAGCAGAUCUUUAGCAAAUAUAAAUUACUGUAGCUCUGAUACGGCUGUAGCCGCUUACACAAGCUAAAGAUCUUUUGUGUGACAACAGGCAUGUGAAAUUCAUAUCCUUUUGCCUUAGUGAAAAAAUAUUGUGCUUGGUUUACCCAGUCUGUUAUUUCUAGUCUGUUAUUCCUGUGAAAAACAGGAAAGUAAUCUGGUACCAAUCCUCGGUGCUUUACCAGACGGUCAGUCUCUGUUGCCGUCUGUGUGAGAAUCUACGGGGUAUGCUGACAGCAUCACCCUGCUCAGAAUUGUCAUCACCAAUAAAACGACCAUGUGACAAAGGUGUGGGAGGUGGCAGCAUGCGGAAUUCUUUCAUUCCCUGGAGGGGGAUCGAUUCUCCCUGCUGAGCAGGCGAGAGGGCUGAGGGACGCUGUCCAGCGCCCAUGUCCCCCUGGGCUGUGCUCUCUGCUCACUGGCCAGUGAUGAGAUGGGCAGUGGGCAGUGAGCUUGUGGAUUUGAUCAGUGCAUCCCUAGAUAGCACAGUCAGAUCCACCUGUGGGGAACUGGAGAGAAUAGCAUGCAUGUGCUUGGGCCAAAUGGAAGGUUCCCCUUCCCUAAGCAUGUUAAGUGGUUACUGGCUCCAUAUGGGAAAAAAUUCCUAUGGGCUUAAAAACCUUCCUUGCAGCAGGGGACUGCUUUCAGACUCAGGACAGUGUCCUUUUGUUCUGUUUCCAUAAACCUGAAUUUCCAGAGUAUAUAAAGAUUCGAUCCCAGUCCCACUGAAAUUGAUGAUUCUUUCUGUUGGUUAUGAAAGGCAGAACAACAGGCCCAGAAAGAGUGUUCACUUCUUCAAAAUAUAUGGGAAGAGUUCAAGCAGACAGUAACUGACUGUGGCUGUGUCAAUGCUGAAUAGUCAGAACACUGCAGGUACCCCUACUGAGCUACCUCUGCGUACUGAAUCUCUGACUUUCAGUACAUCCAACAACUUGCUUAUUUUCCACUGAACACAUCCUUUGUUUUUUGUUAAUUUUUUUUCCACGUUUAAGAAUAUUUCAAACUGUUUUAUGGUGUAGCUUUGUUGGAGUCUUUACAAAGUCCUUUUUGAUUGCUCGGAGCAGCCUGAAUAUUGUGUAUGAGCGUUGGAGGUGUUGGUCUAAAGGGAAUAUAAAGCAAAACUGAAAUAUGUAUUUUAAAUCCAUACUUAAACUUAAUUAUGCACAUCAAUUUUGUUAUGUUUAAAGACUGUUGAGAUGUUUGUUUUAUGACUUGUUAUAUGUCUUUAAUAAACAGAAUGGUUUUGAAUUUAAUUUUGUUAAUAGGAAAACAAGAUAAAAUUACUGAUCCUCUAGGUCAAAUUUUACCUCUGUUAUCUAUGUUUCAUUCUUUUCUGGGUGAGCUUUUAAACUGUUGGCUUGUUUUUUAAAACAAAAAAAUCCAUGAACUGUAUGGAAAUAUUUUAUGAACUUGGGGAAAGAAAGUCCUCAGAAUAUUGCCAGUUGUCAUCAACUGAAAAUUAAUUCAUUGAACCCAAACAGUUUUUCAGGAAAGAAUUAGAACAGUUCUGAAGUAUUUUCCACUUCUUGGCUUUAAAUUUAACCAUUAUUAAACAUAAUCAGGCAAAACAAGAGCUUUGCCCAUGUUAAAACAUGAGGAUUUUCUUGAGCAUCAACAUUUCUUAUUUCUGCAUCUCUACAAUCCCAUCUAAUGAUAGCAGAGGUAAAAAAACCCACCCAAACAAGAAAACAGCACUUCAGAGGUCACAGGGAAUGUUAGCACUUUGUGUUGAGUUACUCAAACAUGUUAUUUCCCUCUUUUGUGCGCUAAACUGAAAAGCUUUUGAUGACUCCAGUAAUUUAUCUUACCAAGAUAAAUAAUUUUUAAUGUACUUAAAAUCAAAAGUGUGGCUGUGUUUUUUCUUAUGGAUCCUCUAGUUAGUGUGAAUAGGUUAUGUGACAGAGAGGCAGUCUCAGCAGAAACUGCACAGUUGUGCUUGUUCACAGAGCAGAAGGAGAGUAAUCCAGCAGCUUGGUUUUACAGAAGUAGUCCCCUAUGUUACUCUGGCAGUCAGGGAAGAGGGAGCUGUUAGUUUUAUUUGUGUAUGGUUUUCUGUGGAAAUAUCUUGACAGCAGGAGGUUAGAAGGCAAGAUGAAAUAUGGUCUGUCUGCAAGCACAUUGAUUUAUGUGCAAGUGCAUACGUGCAUAAGAGAUGAGCAGUUAUAUAUGUAGAAAUGACUAGAAAGGACCAAGUCCCUGGUAUACAUUUUUUUGCAAGACUGCAUAUGGAGAAAGAGCUACUUUUUUUUGAUGUUAUUCUGCCAUUAAAAGUAAAAUUUCAGACACUGAA